AUGGAGUCUUUCAUUAGUAACAGCCAAACUUUUAAUGUUCUUAUGUUCCCAUGGUUGGCUCAUGGACACAUAUCCCCAUACCUAGAAUUAGCCAAAAGACUAGCAAAAAGAAACUUCAUUAUUCACUUAUGUUCCACCCCAGCAAAUUUGAGUUCCAUUAAGCACAAAAUUGGUGAAAAAUUUGCACUUUCAAUUCAAUUAGUUGAACUUCAUCUCCCAACAUUGCCUAAUCUUCCCCCUUGUUACCACACCACCAAUGGCCUCCCACCCCAUCUAAUGCCAACCCUCAAAAAGGCAUUAGAAAUGGCUGCCCCCAGUUUCGACAAUAUUUUGUGCACUGUAAAACCUGAUUUGCUCAUCUAUGAUUUUCUUCAACCAUGGGCACCAUUGGCUGCUUCAAUGCAUAAUAUACCCGCAGUUGAGUUCAUGACAAGUAGUUUGAGCAUGACUGCCUACAUGUUCCACUUUUUUAAGAGACCGGGGGUUGAAUUUCCCUUUUCUACGAUGUUUUAUCGUGAUUAUGAGAUUGUUCAUCGCGAAAGAUUGCUAGAGACUGCUGCUAAUGAGCAAGUAAAAAAACACGCAUUUCAAGGCAUCGAUAGGUCAUCUAGGAUUGUAUUGGUAAAGGGUUUUAGGGAGAUUGAGGGAAAAUAUGGUGAUUAUUUGUCGAGUUUACUAGGGAAGAAAGUUGUGCCUGUUGGUCCAUUGGUUCAAGAUCCUACACAUGAUGUAUAUGACAGUUCAGACAUCAUGGAAUGGCUAGACAAAAAGGAUAAGAAUUCUACUGUUUAUGUUUCUUUUGGGACUGAAUAUUUUCUUACAAAACAAGAUAUGUUGGAACUUGCUUAUGGGUUAGAACUUAGCAAUGUGAAUUUCAUAUGGGUUGUGAGGUUUCCCAAGGGAGAAAAAAUAAAACUUGAAGAGGUUUUGCCAUUAGGGUUUUUUGAAAGGGUGGGGGAGAGGGGACUACUGGUGGAGGGAUGGGCACCACAGGCUAAAAUAUUGAGUCACGAAGGAGUUGGUGGUUUUGUUAGCCAUUGUGGAUGCAGUUCUGUGAUGGAAAGUAUGAAAUUUGGGAUUCCAAUGGUUGCCAUGCCAAUGCAACUUGAUCAGCCACUCAAUGCUAGGCUGGUGGAAGACAUUGGCGUCGGAGUCGAGGUGGUGCGCAACCGGCUAGGAGUCCUACAGAAGGAGGUAGUUGCUGCAGUGAUCCGGCACGUGGUGGUUGACACUGAUGGAGAAUCCGUCCGGCAAAAGGCUAGAGAGAUGAGGGAGAAGAUCAAGAACAAAGGGGAUGAAGAGAUUGAUGAAGUAGUGCAAGAGUUUGUGCAGCUUUGUGCCAACAAGAAAAAGAACGGAUUCCACUGA